UUCUGCAACGGGGGGCGGGGCGAAUACGGAGAAGCUGCCGAGAAGCCCCUUCGGAGGCCGCGGGCCAAUAAAAAAGCGGGUCUAUAGCCGCGCGCGCCCCCUUUGUCUCCCCUACCAGUCCCUUUUCUCCCCCAGCCCCGCUCCACUCCGGCGUUCGGAAACUGCCGCCAUUGUAGGCGAAGCGCCCCAGCGGGAGCCUCUCUUAUCCUCGUACGUUUCGUCUCGGGAAUACGGAAGGUUACACACUUUGAAUCAUGUGCAGUGUGAUGCAAGCUGAGAGAAAAAUGGACAUGUUGAAGAUCAUGCGUAAACCAUCCGAGAACUUAGAAUGUGAUCACUGCAAUUUCAGGGGUUCUGACUAUGAGAAUAUACAGAUCCAUAUGGGUACCAUCCACCCUGAAUUUUGUGAUGAAAUGGAUGCUGCUGGACUGGGGAAACUCAUUUUUUACCAGAAAACUGCAAAAUUAUUCCAUUGCCACAAAUGCUUUUUUACCAGCAAGAUGUAUAGCAAUGUUUAUCAUCACAUUACAGCCCAACAUGCCGUGCCAAACAAAUGGAAUGAAGAGCGGAAUGGAACGAAGAGUCUGUUAGAUACAGAAUCCUUGAAAAAAGCUAGUUCUGUGGAACCUCCAAAGCCUUCUGUGUCACCACAGUCACAAAAGCCCUCCAUGUCUCCUGAGUCUCAGAAACCUGCUCCUGCUGAACCCCUUAAGUCCGAUAUUAAUGUAUCUCCUAAACUGCCAAAGCCUACCCCAGUUACGUCUGCAGAACAACAGAAAGUUGUUCCUGUUGCAUGCCCAGAGCCACAGAAGCCUGUUUCUGCAAUAGUUCUGGAACCUCCAAAACCUGUUCCAGUAUUGUCAUCAGAGCCACUGAAACAGAUACCUUCAUUGUCUCCAGAACUACAGAAACCUGCCCUAACUGAGUCUGCAGAGCCACCAAAGCCUGUCUCCACUAUGUCCCCAGAGCCACAGAAAUCUGCCUCAGCUAUAUAUACUGAUGUACAGAAGCCCCUCCCUGCUGUACAGGUAGAGCAACACAUCUCUGCCACAGAGCCAGAGAAGCCUUCAACACUUGUAUCCCUGGAGCCACAGAGACUAAUUCCACCAGUAUCCCCAGAACUUCAGAAGUCUGCACUGCCUUCCUCUCCACCUGUGGUUCCAUCUGAAUCACAGAGAUUUUCUCCCGCUGCAUCUCCUGAGCCCCGCAGGUACUCUCCAGCAGUGUCCCCUGAACCAAAGAAGCUUGCCACUUCUCUGCCCUCAGAGUCUCGCAGACAUAUUCCUCAGAUGCGGAGACCCACUUCAGCACUUUCUCCUGAGCCAUGGAAAGCAGAAACGGCAAUUUCUGCAGAUCCCUGGAGGCCUCCCAAUAUUCCAGAUCCCUGGAGACCUGCCCCUAGUAGCUGUCUAGAGCAACAGAAGUCUUCAAUUGGUAUCUCCCCCUGGUCUUCGAAACCUUCCUCGUCUAUGACUCUUGAGUCCAGGAGGCCUGCCUCUGAGUCCCGAAGGCCAGCCACUAUGAUGUCCACAGAGCCUCAGAAGUUUGUGGCUGAGCCUUGGAAACCUAGCUCCUUACCUGAGACCCAGAAAUCUAGUCUUGCAUCCUCGGAACCUUGGAAACCCAUUUCUUCAGUUUAUCCUGAGGGCUGGAAACCUGUUUUGUCUCCUGAUACUUGGAGGCCAUCACCACCCCCUCCUCCCAUGCCAGCUGAACUUAGAAAGCCUGGCCCUCCUAUGUCAUCUGAUCUUUGGAAGCCUUCCUUCUUUCCUGAGCAACGUAAACCAACUCCUUCCAUAUCUCCUGAUCCCUGGAAAUUUUCUUCUGAGCCUCGAAAAUCUCCUUUCUUUCCAGAGACUCAGAAAUCUGGUACUUUUGUGUCCCCCGACUUUCAGAAGCGUGCUUUGUUCUCUGAACCCCGAAAACGGGCCUUGUUUCCUGAACCUAAAAAAUCUGUCCCUCCUAUUGCUACUGAGGUACAGAAGCGACCCUUCUUCCAUGAAACACAUAUGCCUUUUCCUGAAGUUCAAAAACAUGCCCUCUAUCCUGAAUCUCACAGGCCUGCUCCUGUUUCUCCUGAAGCCCAAAAACACGCCUUCUUUGCAGAACCUCAGAAACAUGUUGCUAUUUCUCCUGAAAUACAGGAGCAUGUUCCUUUCUCAGAACCUCAGAAACCGCCUGUCCUUUCUCAUGAAGUAUUGAAACCUCCUGUAACUUCUGAAAUCCAGAAACUUGCUGCCUUCGCUGAACCCCAGAAACCACCGCCAGGUUCCCCUGAGAAACAAAGACAGACUUUCUUCACAGAGCCUCCAAAACGUUCUCUUUCUCCUGAACUCCAGAAACCUUCCCCUUCUGUGUCUUCUGAUCAGAAGCAGGUCCUCAGUUCUGAUGUCCUCAAACCCAUGCCUCUGGUUUCCUCAGAAGUCAAUAAAACGACAGUCUCUGAGUUUAGCCAGCCUUCUGCUCCGCCUGACUUUUCAGAGUUGCAGCCUUGUACUGAAUCUAGUAAUAAAGAUUUCUUAACUGAAAAUCCAGAAGAUGAGAAUCCUUUUAGUGGCCUGUUGGCUCCAAAAGAACAGUCUGUGCAAAAUAAGGAACCUGUAGAAGAUGCUUUGUAUACUUGUCCAAAGAAGAAACCCAAGAAAGAAAACCAGGACACUCCUAGUGCAGACUUAAAUAGCAACGACAGUGGAAACGCUGAGAUGGAUACAUCAGAGGUGAAAGAGCAAGAAUCCUUCAGUGAUCAGGAGCAGCUUGAUGCAGAAUCAUCUGAUUUUGGCAAAGAGACGAAGGCUGAUGCAACCAGUUCAACACAGCCUCAGUGCGUGCUGCAGUUUACAGAAGAGAAGGAAGCUUUCAUCUCAGAAGAAGAAAUCGCAAAGUACAUGAAACGUGGCAAAGGCAAAUACUAUUGUAAAAUUUGUUGUUGCCGAGCUAUGAAAAAAGGUGCCGUAUUGCAUCAUUUGGUUAACAAGCAUAAUGUCCAAAGCCCAUACAAGUGUGACAUUUGUGGGAAAGCUUUUCUCUUGGAAACUCACCUGAAAAAUCAUGUCGCUGCUCAUGGUCAGAGUCUGCUUAAAUGUCCACGCUGCAGUUUUGAGUCAAACUUUCCCAGAGGCUUUAAGAAACAUUUAACCCAUUGUCAGAGUCGUUAUAAUGAAGAGGCCAAUAGGAAACAGCAAGAGACCACUGAGCCACCCAGUCAGAGCUGUCCCAGUGAAGAGGCCAAGGAGGUCCCCAUGGAUGGCCCUGAUCCAUUGAAUGAAUCGCUUACUGAGCCUCCUAAUGAACAAAAUCUGUAAUUUUUGUUUUGGAAGUGGAGAAGCCUCCAGACAUGUUGCAUUGUACUUUGUGAUGUAGUUGAGCUUCUGUCGCAAAAUGAAAUGAAGUUGCUGUUACUACAUAAGAGCUGUGUUAGCCCUAAACUCACCGGGCACAAUUGAAGACAGUUUUAAGCAAGCUUAAGCCAUUGAUUUAAUGAACUCUAGAGUGUUUGACCUCCUGUUAGAUGGCGAUCCUUAUAUUUAGGCAGCAGGAAUAGUAACAGAUUUCAAGCAUCACUACAUUAAUAAGUUUGUGUCCAAGUAUCAGUUUUUAAACAAAAAAUAAACACUUUGCAAACUUAAAAUAUGAAGCUAGAAAAGCAGAUGCUUUGCCAAUGUCCAUAGUGUUCAACUGUACAAUUCCUAAUUUUAUACUUGCAAAAUAUUUAGUGGUGAGCCCUUUUACGAAGUAGUUAUGUCUUCAAAUGGUAAUCUGUUUAAAUUUUUGCAUGAAGUAUUAUAUUGCUGGAAUUGUAAAUUGUAAUAAUGUUUAGGUGUUUCUUGGGGGAAAUCCCAGUUCUCUCACCAGUGAAUUGUUUGCUUAGAUUUUUUGAAGUAGUUGUGCUUCCAUUUUCUUAUUUGAAGCACCAAUUAGUAGUUGUGAAAUAGCUAUAUUAAUGUCAGAUGUAUUGCUUAAAUGCAUAUCUGCUGUGCCCUGUAUGCUUCUUUAUAGCCCAAGAAAAGUGCAUUUUAAAGACAUUUUUAAUUCUUUUAACAAUAAAGAUUUUCAUUUGGGAUUGUUAA